AUCACGCCAAAGGAUACUAUGCCUAUCUAUCCUCCACAGUCCUUAUAUAGUAAUAACCUCUCUCUCUCUCUCUCUCUCUCGCUCUCGGCAGCAGCAACAACAACACUAAGAUUGCUACUGUUGUUGCUGCCGAGACAUGGAGAGCGGUAAACUGCCUCUCCUCUCGCCCACCGAGACGGCCGACCGAGCCGAUCAUGAUAUCGGCGGAGGUGACCAUGCCCGCGACCAGCAGGCGAUCAUCGCAAACAUGCCUCUCUCGACCACCGUUAAUGACACCUUCACUUUCACGCCACACACAGACGACAUCCCCCCGAUCAAGGGGCCCCGCGACUUCCUCCGGGAGUUCGCCAAGGAGUCCAAGAAGCUGUGGUUCCUUGCCGGCCCCGCCAUCUUCACCUCCAUCUGCAGGUACUCCAUCGGUGCCAUCACCCAGGUCUUCGCUGGCCAAGUCGGCACCCUCGAGCUUGCCGCCGUCUCCGUCGAGAACUCGGUCAUCGCCGGCUUCUCCUUUGGUGUCAUGCUCGGGAUGGGAAGCGCGCUGGAGACGCUGUGCGGGCAGGCUUACGGGGCGGGGCAGCUCGACAUGCUGGGCAUCUACCUGCAGCGGUCGUGGGUGAUCCUCAACACGACAGCCGUCGCGCUGUGCUUUCUAUACAUCUUCGCGGCGAAGCUCCUGCGGCUGAUCGGGCAGACGGAGGCGAUCUCGGAGGAGGCGGGGAUGUUUGCAGUCUGGAUGAUCCCGCAGGUGUUCAUGUACGCAAUGAACUUCCCAAUCGCCAAGUUCCUGCAGGCGCAGAGCAGGAUCAUGGUGAUGGCGGUCAUCGCCGGGGUGGUGCUGGUGCUCCACACCGCGUUCAGCUGGUUGCUGAUGCUGAAGCUCGGGUGGGGGCUCGUCGGGGCCGCCGUCGUGCUCAACGCGUCAUGGGUGGUCAUCGUGGCGGCCCAGCUCGCCUACAUAUUCAGCGGCGCGUGCGGGAGGGCGUGGACGGGGUUCUCCUGGAAGGCAUUCGAGAACCUGUGGGGGUUCGUUAGGCUGUCCCUCGCUUCGGCCGUCAUGCUCUGCUUGGAGAUUUGGUAUUUCAUGGCGCUCAUUCUCUUCGCGGGUUACUUGAAGAAUGCAGAGAUUUCGGUGGAUGCCUUAGCUAUCUGCAUGAACAUACUGGGGUGGACAGUCAUGCAGGCUCUUGGAAUGAAUGCAGCCAUAAGUGUGAGGGUGUCAAAUGAACUCGGAGCGGCUCAUCCGAGAACGGCAAAGUUCUCGCUGAAGGUGGCAGUGAUCUCCUCGUUCAUGAUCAGUCUGAUCUUAUCGGCGAUCUUGCUGGCCACUCAGGAUGCAUAUCCAUCCCUAUUCUCGAGUGACUCGUCCAUCCAGGCUAUAGUCAAGGAGCUCACGCCAGUGCUGGCCUUGUGCAUCGUCAUCAAUAAUGUCCAACCAGUGCUCUCCGGCGUAGCCGUCGGAGCUGGAUGGCAAGCCACGGUUGCAUAUGUGAACAUUGCCUGCUAUUAUCUAUUUGGAGUUCCCCUGGGUCUGACCCUCGGUUAUAAGCUAAAUUGGGGUGUCAAGGGGAUCUGGUGCGGAAUGCUGACGGGUACAGUAGUGCAAACUUGUGUGCUCACCUUCAUGGUUUGUAGGACGAACUGGAACAAAGAGUCUUCUAUUGCUGAAGAAAGAAUGAGAAGGUGGGGAGGUCCUUCAGAAGAGCAGCAACUCACAGCAGCGAACGACUUAGAGAAAUAAAACGGAACCCAAUGACUCACCAGGAAUGAAAGAAUUUCGGCGAAGAUGACCCCUCACUGUAGCCAGUGGCAACUCGACGAGGCAACUCAUGAGAUGUGACAUCGGUUGCUGGAUUCAUUUGCUGUUCAACAAAUUCCAACGGCCAUUGGAGAUCUAAUUGGCCCCCAUUUUCCAAGAGAAACCUCAGUCAGACGAGUCACUUAGUUAUACCCGGCCAAUUGCAGCAUUUAACAAGCCAUUUCAUGUUUUUUCAUCUCGCCGGCAAUUCAAAACCUUGGUCAAUGGAAUCAUCAUCAAUUUUAAGCACUGAUUCUCCA